CGCCGCCAUCCACGUCUUUACUCCCCGGACCCAGGCUCCGUCACAGCCGCAGCAUGUCGGGGAUCAAGAAGCAGAAGACGGACCAGCAAAAAUCCACCAAUGUGGUCUACCAGGCCCAUCAUGUGAGCAGGAACAAGAGAGGACAGGUGGUUGGAACCAGGGGAGGAUUCCGAGGAUGUACCGUGUGGCUAACAGGUCUCUCUGGUGCUGGAAAAACAACCAUAAGCUUUGCUUUGGAAGAGUACCUUGUAUCUCAUGCCAUCCCAUGUUAUUCCCUGGAUGGGGACAAUGUCCGUCAUGGCCUUAACAAGAACCUGGGAUUCUCUGCCGGGGACCGAGAAGAGAACAUCCGCCGGAUUGCGGAAGUGGCCAGGCUCUUCGCCGACGCUGGCCUGGUCUGCAUUACCAGCUUUAUUUCUCCAUUUGCAAAGGAUCGUGAGAAUGCCCGCAAAAUCCACGAAUCAGCAGGACUUCCGUUCUUUGAGAUCUUUGUGGAUGCGCCUUUAAAUAUCUGUGAGAGCCGAGACGUAAAAGGACUCUACAAAAGAGCUCGGGCAGGAGAGAUUAAAGGGUUUACAGGCAUCGACUCUGACUAUGAGAAACCGGAAACUCCAGAGUGUGUGCUGAAGACCAACUUGUCUUCAGUAAGCGACUGUGUGCAGCAGGUGGUGGAGCUUUUGCAAGAGCAGAACAUCGUACCCCACACCACCAUCAAAGGCAUCCAUGAACUCUUUGUGCCAGAAAACAAGAUUGAUCAAAUCCGAGCUGAGGCAGAGUCUCUCCCAUCACUACCAAUUACCAAGCUGGAUUUGCAGUGGGUACAGAUUCUGAGUGAAGGCUGGGCCACUCCCCUCAAAGGCUUUAUGCGGGAGAAGGAGUACUUGCAAACUCUACACUUUGACACUCUCCUGGACGAUGGAGUCAUCAACCUGAGUAUUCCCAUCGUACUGCCUGUUUCUGUGGAUGACAAGACACGUCUCGAAGGGUGCAGCAAGUUUGCCUUGAUGUAUGAAGGUCGGAGGGUAGCUCUAUUACAGGACCCUGAGUUCUAUGAGCACAGGAAAGAGGAGCGUUGUUCUCGUGUGUGGGGAACAGCCACUGCAAAACACCCCCAUAUCAAAAUGGUGAUGGAAAGUGGGGACUGGCUUGUUGGUGGAGACUUACAGGUGCUAGAGAGAAUAAGGUGGGACGAUGGGCUGGACCAAUACCGCCUGACGCCUCUAGAGCUCAAACAGAAGUGUAAAGACAUGAAUGCUGAUGCCAUGUUUGCAUUCCAGUUGCGUAAUCCUGUCCACAACGGUCAUGCUCUGCUGAUGCAGGACACCCGCCGCAGGCUCCUGGAGAGGGGUUACAAGCACCCAGUCCUCCUGCUACACCCUCUUGGGGGCUGGACCAAGGACGACGACGUACCUCUGGCCUGGAGGAUGAAGCAGCAUGCAGCUGUACUAGAGGAAGGGGUCCUGGAUCCCAAGUCAACUAUUGUUGCCAUCUUCCCAUCUCCUAUGUUAUAUGCUGGCCCCACAGAGGUCCAGUGGCAUUGCAGGUGCCGGAUGAUUGCAGGGGCCAAUUUCUACAUUGUGGGUAGGGACCCUGCAGGAAUGCCCCAUCCUGAAACGAAGAAAGACCUAUAUGAACCUACCCAUGGGGGUAAGGUUUUGAGUAUGGCCCCUGGCCUCACCUCUGUGGAGAUCAUUCCAUUCCGAGUGGCUGCCUACAAUAAAAUUAAAAAGGCCAUGGACUUUUAUGAUCCAGCAAGGCACGAGGAGUUUGACUUCAUCUCAGGAACUCGUAUGAGGAAGCUCGCCCGGGAAGGAGAAGAUCCCCCAGAUGGCUUCAUGGCCCCCAAAGCAUGGAAAGUGUUGACAGAUUACUACAGGUCUCUGGAGAAGAUCAACUAGGUGCUCCUGGCUCUGGUUUCUUUCUCAAAUGCUCUCUGACGAUUUUUUUUUUCCUAUUUUUGUGAUUAGCUGCUCUGUAUCCGAUUGCUUCUUGGUGACUUUUUAAAGUUAGUGUUUUGCAAUGAAGUAAAAAGCUGUGCCUGUAAUUUAAAACCAACUUCAUUAUGUCUACAAACCUCACACUGGAGACUAAGUCUUAGGUGAAACAAUAUUGUUGUACAUUCCAGAAUGAAAGCACUUGUACUGUACUUCAUCUCAGCAGGUAUGUCUCAGAUCUCUUAAAAAUGUGACUAUGUGUCUGGCUGACUUGCCCAGAACAGAAUCAUACUUUCCAGUUUAUUUUUGCCAGUCUGGAAUCCCAAUGUCACUUACAGAAAGAAAAAAAAAAAAAAAAAAAAAAAAAAAAAAAAACACACACACACAUUUUAUCACCUUGAAGGAACUGUUUCACAUCAGGACUUUUUACUUCGUGACUACACAUGGCCUCACUGCCCAAUGUAUGAGUUGAAGAUGCAACUGGAAGAAAUACACGUGUGAAGAUGUGAAUUAAAUCUUAAAGAACUAUGUAACUUACACCUGCCGUGAAAAUGAUAUAAUCCAAGAGAAAGAAGUUCUAAUGGCCUUCCAUGAAUAACAACUCCAGCUUGACAGCACUUCUGAAAAGCAUAUGCUCUAACCAAAGCAGUUUCUCCCAGGGACUAAACCCUCAGGGUAUAUUGUUGAUUACUUUCCCCACACUUUGCUGUGGCCAUAGUUAUUAAAGAGGGACCUAUUUGAUUGCUGUAAUCAAAACCAUGUAUUAAAUCCAUGAGAAGCUAAAACUUGAUUUCUGCAGAAAAGAUAAAAUCCAAACAUCAUCCUAGUGAAGAUACAUACACAUAAGCUCUGAGCAUGUAAUACACAAAAUUGACUUUAGCAAAUGACUGCUGACACUGGAAGUCUGCCCAGACCACCACCUUCCUAAGCUAGCCCCCUGCCUAUCUUGGACAACACAGGAACAGGUUCUGACUCCUUGAAGCUAUUAAUGAAGCGUUCCUUGAGGAUGCUAAACAGCAAGCACCUUGAAGACCAGAGGUUUAGGGUAUCCCAAACUCUUGGCGUUUCCAGAAUGAACCAUUUUCUAAGAGGAAAAUUUUCUAUUUUAUGCAUGGUUCAUUGUUGCCAAGGAAUACAUAAAAGAAAAGGCAUCCUUACAUACAGGUUUCUUUGGAGGAGACCACAGACUAAAAAGAGAAACUGAUUUUUUCAUACUGCCACUUUAAAAAAAAAAAAAAAAAAAAAAGCUAGUAAGAGCUCUUUUGAGAACAAGUUACACACCGUGACUUAAUGUAUAGUGCUGUGCACACUUACGUCAGAGCUACUCAGUGCUGCCUUUAAAACUAUGUAUCCACUGAAAAUACGACUGGGUUGUAGUGCCUUACCGAGUGAAGUUGUGAUGUUAAAGACAGUAGCGUGCCUUUCUGCUCUAGCACACAGUAUAACUGUUUCGUGUCCCACCGAUACCUGUUUACUUCAAUAAAUCUCUCA